AUGGGUAAGGCGGCUAAGAGCUCGCGGAAAGGGAAGAAGGCGUGGCGGUCCAACAUCAGCACCGACGACAUCGACGAGUUCUACGAGAAGCAGACGCGCGACGCCCACGCCGGCGCCGCCGCCAUUCCCUCCCUCCCGUCCGGCUCCCUCUUCUUCGUCGACAAGCCCGCCUCCGCGUCCACCUCCUCCGCCGCCAACGCAUCCGACCCGGCCCCCAAAGAUGUUCCUGUCAAAAGGAAGAUUGAGAAAAACAGGGAGAAGGUCCUUCACCAUGAGAGUGUGUUGAAGCGGAACCCUUAUAUACAGACGAUUCCAUCUUCUUUGAUGUCAAAGAAGGAUAAGAAGAAGUUCAAGAAGCAUGCAAAGAAAAAGGAAUUGCAGGAGUCACGGGAAGAAAAAAGUGUUCCCAUGGAAGAGGAUUCAGCUGAGAAGAACCUCGACAUCUGGGGUGGAGAUGCUAAAGGGGCUGCUUUGCCCAAAAAAGGAAUGAAAAGGCUUAAGAAAAAUGUCUUAACAUGUCUAGGUUUAAUGGAUUACUUCUUGCAGAAAUCUACCACAUCUGUGAUUCCUGCAGUUGAAGUUGAGCCUCAAGGAUGUUCAUUUAAUCCUCCACAUGAAGCCCAUCAAGACGCUCUUGCUCUAGCUGUUGCUGAUGAAAUGCGCAAGAUCUACACGAAAGAGUUAGGCCCCACACCAGUGCCACUUACUGUUCUUGGUCAAGCAGUAGCUGAAGAAGAUAAAUUUUUUCUUGAUGCUGCUGAUGAUGGAGAUGCUGCUGUUGAUGGAGAUGUAGAUGCUGCAGAAGGUGAUAAAGACCAGGAUGCUGAUGCUCUAACUGGAGAGAGGAAGAAAACAAAAAGAGUUACGAGAGUGGAACUGAACAAAAGGGCUCGUCGUAAAGAGAGGUUAAGGACAGAAGCAGAUGCGAAGAAACUGGAAGUUUUUUCAAAGCAAAUAGACAGCUUGCCAAAUAUAUUGGAGGAGAUAGCGAAAGAGGACAAGGAAAAGGAGGAAAAGCGCAUAAGGCUAACUGUGGCUAAGCAGGAAAGACUCAAGUCAGCCCCACGUCGUCUGGGUAGACACAAGUUUGAACCUGCUCCCGUUCAAGUUCUGUUGACAGAGGAGAUUAGUGGCUCGCUUAGAAAGCUGAAGGGGUGCUGCAAUCUAGCGAGGGAUCGCUAUAAGAGCAUUGAAAAACGUGGCAUACUUGCACCAAAUAAGAAAUUAAGUUCCAUAGGGCAAGUCGCAAAAUGCUCGAACAUGUCAAAAUCCCCAUGUCGUUGCCUCUCCUAA